ACGACCCAUUUACUGUGGUCGGCAGUUUGUAAUUCCCACAGAAACAACGACAUUACAAAAAAUGGCCAUCGCCCCGCCACUCAAGAUGCUUGCGCAUCAUCUUCAAGACAAAAGCUCCAUCCACUUCCUCCUCUGCUUCAGAAAUUGAACCAUGGCUUCUUCUUCCUCAUACCUUCCCCUCUCCUUCUCUUCCUCCAUUGCCAUCUUCCGAGCAAGCCCUAAUAUUCGCUCUCCUCCCGGAACUCCUAACUUGCGAUUCUGGAAAAGGGGGAGGAGCGCGAAGGCCACAAUCACAGAGCCGAAAGUAUCGGCACCCUCGAAGGGGCCGCCGAGGCUGGUGACGUUCUUGGGAAAAGGAGGCUCCGGCAAAACCACCGCGGCAGUUCUUGCUGCUCAGUAUUAUGCCAAAAUGGGGCUGCAAACCUGUUUGGUGAUACAAUCUCUGGAUCUUAUGUCUGAGGUCUUAUUGGACUGUAAAAUUGGAUCUUCACCUAUUCCCUGUGGUGACAAUCUAUCUGCAGUUCGCCUGGAAACAACCAAGAUGCUUCUUGGACCACUCUCUCAAAUGAAAAAAGCAGAUGCUCGUCUUAAUUUGACUCAAGGAGUGCUUGAUGGGGUUGUGGGUGAGGAGCUUGGCAUUCUCCCUGGGAUGGAUUCUGUUCUUUCACUUGAGGCAUUGGAAGGAUUGACCGGUUUACUUGGGCUAAACAUGAGUGCGUCAAAGAAGACGAUCGAGUUUGAUGUGAUUGUAUAUGAUGGUAUAAGCAGUGAGGAGUCCUUACGCAUGGUUGGUGCUUCUGAAAGAGCAAGAUGGUAUUUAAAGUAUAUCCGAAGUUUAGCUGAAAAGACUGACAGUGGGAGACUUGUUGCACCUUCAUUGAUCAAGUUAGUGAACGAAUCAGUCAACCUGAAUGGUGCUUCUGGCCUUGAUGUAGCGAGCUCAGAGAUGUGGAAUGCUGCAGAUCGAGCCUUGAAGAAAGCAUCCUCUGCCUUUUUGGACCCAUCAAGGUUUUCUUGUUACCUUACCAUGGAUACCAGUAAUUCAGUGUCUGUUAUUUCUGCAUUGCGCUAUUGGGGCUGCACAAUCCAAGCUGGAGGACAAGUAUAUGGUGCUUUUGGUUUUAGUGCAGAAUCUUCUACGACAUCCUGCAGUCUUGCAAAAGAAAAGCUUGCUCCAUUACCUUUUGAAAACUUGCCAUAUGUUUCAACAAACUAUCCUGUUAACUGGGAGAUGGCUUUGAAUGGUUUAAGUAAUGGUGCACAGCAGCUCCUCCUUGGAGCAAACCGAGAUUUUCAGUCAAAUGUCCUGUUUGACCAAGGCGAAAAGACUGUUACACUUUUCAUGCCCGGCUUUGAUAAAUCAGAAAUCAAGUUAUACCAGUAUAGAGGAGGUUCAGAGCUAUUGGUUGAAGCAGGAGAUCAAAGGCGUGUCAUACAUUUGCCCAGUGGCAUCCAAGGGAAAGUGAGGGGCGCUAAAUUUCUUGAUAGAAAUCUAGUAAUUAGAUUGGGUUAGAAAUCAUUUUUCUUCUUGGAUAAUCUAGCAUCUCAGCAAUUGGUGCGAUCAAUUUUUCUCUUCCAUUCUUGUCAUUGAUUGUGUUGUAUCCAUUUUUUUGUUGUUGUUAUUGGUUUUUAGUCAUUCAAUUUAAUGUUUCUUAUAUCAAAUGCGUUCUUUCAUGACUAUGUAUUUAUUAAAACAAUAAUGGGCAGGAGUGGGGCUUCAUAUAGAAAUUGACGGAUUAAA